UGAUUGACUGCUUGGCUACGGAGGUGAUGAAGCGUAUAACCUCUUCUCACCAAGCUAUAGUUUACAACGUCCCAGAUUCUCUGCCCCUGAAAACUGUAAGACACAAAAUCCUGAUUUGUUGCGGCAUGGCUAGUGUUCCAUGUGAAUGCAAACGACUUCGUAAAAAGUCUAACCAGGCUAAUUGCCCAAUCAUUUUUAAAUUCAGUAAUUCCCUUGAUGCUAGUAAGUUUACUAAAUGUCAGGAUCACUUAAGACUGAAUAGCAGUUAUAAGUCUAUAACCGUAGCUCAGGAUAAAACACCGUGUCAGCGCAGAAUAAUGCGUAGUAAUAACCUGGUCACCUCCUCUAGCUUAGAUUUACCAAAAAAGGAUCGUGCACAGCAACAGACACCUAGUGCUGAAACUAGCAUUCAGCAAACUACACAACAACCACACCUGCCAAUGGAACUAGGAACUGAUUUAGAUACCAGUACCCCUGUAAAUAAAGCCUCAUCGAAAGAUGUUAAAAUGACUAGAACUUCUGCAAGUUGUUCUAAGAAAUUUCCCCCCAAACGUAGUAACCUCACCACGAUGAACAAAUUUCGCAGGGUUGAGACUAAUGAUGGGGAAGAAUACUUUGUAUUCAAUAAGCCUGCUGAGAGUAAGAAUGCCAACAAACCAUCACUUGUUACGAAAAACUCCUCUCGAAACAUAAGUAUAUCUGGAGGUGUUCCGCAUGCUCCACCUUAUAGAAAGUCAGGCUCCAAGACUCCUAAAGUCUUGCAGCCAAAGCACCUUCCUUCACAAUUCCCUUUAAGUUAUAAAAACAACCCGAAGGUGUAUACCGGUAUGACGAAUAGCAGUUGGAUGGGUAGACCUUCUGAUGCUAUGCCUUUUAACCGUCAACCUAGGCCCAACCUGUACUACCCUUAUAUCCAGGAACACAUGGUAAAUUUUCCAGGUGUCCCGAAUCACUGGUACGACCCAUGGCACCUAGGACCACCUCAUUGCACUCCAACCCGAUGUACAGACACCCAGUCCGACCUCCUUUUCAUUCAUAAAUUCUUGCGGUGCUGACGCACAAAUAGAUUUAGGUUAUGGUGACAUUUUAAGCCAGUUUGUAGUAUCCCGUGACUUAUUCACGAUAUUGCUAAUUAAUGCACGUUCCUUAAUCAAUAAGAUAUCUGAACUAAGGACAUUAUUAUUAGUCGCCAAGCCUACUGUAGCUCUGAUUACUGAGUCAUGGUGCUCAUCCUCUGUACUUGAUGUGCAUAUAGGUAUCGAUGAUUACACUGUACACCGUGCAAACAGAGAUUGCAAGCGUGGUGGAGGAUGUCUCAUAUAUAUACAUAGCUCAUUUGUAGUCAGUAAGGUGGAAGAUGAAACAAUGAAUAAUGUACCUGACUCACUCUGGGUUGUCUUACAUGGAGAUAAGUACAAACUUCUCAUAGGCUGUGUUUAUCGAGCACCAAGCUCAACAAAAGAAACUGAUGCGUUAUUAGCUAAAUCGUUUGCACACGCAUCCUCGUUUAGUGCUAAUUACAAAAUAAUUGCAGGGGACUUCAAUCUUCCAGAAGUCAAUUGGCUAACUAGUUCCGGCCCCCAACGCUUCGACGAAUUACUUGCCACUAUAGACUGUUAUGGAUGGCAACAACAC